CCGCUUUGCAUGGGGAGAAUCGAUCAGUAGGAAACUCAGUCCAGGCGCGUGAAGGAAGUGCGCGAGUCGAAGACCCAAGAAACCAUGGCAAGUGCUCUCCCGCGCCGCAUCGUCAAGGAAACCCAACGGCUGCUAGCGGAGCCUGUGGCUGGAAUCAGUGCAACGCCGUAUGAAGACAACCUCCGCUACUUCCAGGUGGUGAUUGCCGGUCCGCAGUCGUCGCCCUACGAGAACGGUAUCUUCAAGCUGGAGCUGUUCCUGCCGGCCGACUACCCCAUGGCCCCUCCCAAGGUGCGCUUCCUGACGCGCAUCUAUCACCCCAACAUCGACAAGCUGGGCCGCAUCUGUCUCGACAUCCUCAAGGACAAAUGGUCCCCGGCCCUGCAGAUCCGCACUGUGUUGCUGAGCAUCCAGGCGUUGCUGUCGGCGCCCAACCCCGAUGACCCGCUUGCCAACGACGUCGCGGACCACUGGAAGACGGACGAAGCCGGAGCUGUGCAGAUGGCUGCGGAGUGGACGCGUCGCUAUGCUUGAGCUCACGAGAAAAUAGCAAGAGAGCAGGCGCAGAAUCGACUAUAGUGUCGCCUUUUCACAUUUUUUCUUUCAAUUUCUGCAUCUUGAAAGCGUUUGUGAAGACUUUGGUGGUUUUGAUGUGUUGUGACGUGGCAGCUAUAGCUCCGUGUGCUCCUCGGCUGCAGUGCUUCUAGUAUCCUGAUCACAUGAUGCAGUGGACUGCAGCACGAAGAGUGGCGAGUGCGACACAGUGAACGGCGCGGUGAAGUCGUCCUGGGAGAAGCCGUAGCUGUCGAGAAGCUGCCAGUCCUGAAGGAGCAAAGGCAGUCGGAGAGGCCCAUAUUGACGUUGAGCAUUCCAUACCAACGUAUCAGGUCCAACUGGCACAGCGAGGAACACGGUGACAGACUUCUUUAGAUCCCCUUGUUCGGUGCUACGCUUACAGGAAGGAGCGGCGAGUUUGUGCAGCUCCUGCAUGACCUUCAGGUCGCGGUCAGGGUCCAGCGGGUCACCAGCCCGCCCAAGACCUUCGCUCGCAAUUGACUUGACUGCAAGUAUGACGUCAAAUCUCUCAGCUGCUGCAAUAUCAUCGAUAAACUCAGCCGUGGUGAAAGUCUGCAGUUUUGGGUGAUUGUAGCGUAGUCGAUUUCUAGCAACAGUGGUGCAGGAUGUUGCUUCUUGAACAAGACACAGACUCUCAAUCCAUGGACGGCCGUUGCUACCGACGAUGAGUACGCGCUUGUCUUUUAGCGGAUAUUUUUCCAGUGCGGAGUACAGGAACGUGUCUGCACUAGAAUACCCUGUAACUUUCCUGCGUGCG